CUUCCCGAGCGAGCCCUGCGGCCGCCGGAGCAGCUCCCGCGGCGGAGCAGGAGCCGGAUGGUCAGAGGAGCCCGGCAGCCCCAGCAGCCGCGGAGUCGCCUGGCCCCCAGACUGACGGGCACAGUGGAGAAACCACCUCGAAAACGGAAAAGCAGGACUGAAUUUGCUCUUCAAGAAAUCAUGUCCUCUGGAGGUGCGGAAGAUGACAUCCCACAGGGAGAGAGGAAAACAGUGACAGAUUUUUGUUAUCUUCUGGAUAAAUCUAAGCAACUGUUCAAUGGGUUAAGAGAUUUGCCACAAUAUGGGCAGAAGCAGUGGCAGUCCUAUUUCGGAAGAACUUUUGAUGUUUACACCAAACUCUGGAAGUUCCAGCAACAGCAUCGACAAGUCUUGGAUAAUCGGUAUGGCUUGAAGCGGUGGCAAAUAGGGGAAAUUGCUUCUAAGAUUGGGCAGCUAUACUACCAUUAUUACCUACGCACAUCUGAGACCAGCUAUCUGAAUGAGGCUUUCUCGUUCUAUUCUGCAAUCAGACAGAGAUCCUAUUAUUCUCAAGUCAAUAAAGAGGACAGACCUGAGUUAGUAGUUAAGAAGCUACGAUACUAUGCAAGAUUUAUAGUAGUUUGUCUUCUUCUCAACAAAAUGGAUGUUGUGAAGGAUCUGGUGAAGGAAUUGUCAGAUGAAAUUGAAGAUUAUACUCACCGCUUUAAUACUGAAGAUCAAGUGGAGUGGAACCUGGUACUUCAAGAAGUAGCAGCUUUCAUUGAGGCGGAUCCCGUAAUGGUAUUAAAUGAUGACAAUACCAUUGUUAUCACAUCUAAUCGCCUUGCUGAAACAGGAGCCCCACUGUUGGAACAGGGCAUGAUUGUGGGACAGUUGUCUCUGGCUGAUGCACUCAUUAUUGGUAACUGUAAUAACCAGGUUAAGUUCAGUGAACUAACUGUUGACAUGUUCCGGAUGUUACAAGCCCUGGAAAGGGAGCCAAUGAAUUUAGCCUCCCAGAUGAAUAAGCCAGGAAUGCAGGACUCAGCUGACAAGCCUACCAGACGAGAAAACCCCCACAAGUAUCUGCUCUACAAACCAACCUUCAGCCAACUCUAUACCUUCUUAGCAGCAUCUUUUAAGGAGCUGCCUGCCAAUAGUGUGCUUCUGAUUUACCUGUCAGCCACUGGCGUUUUCCCCACAGGUCGUUCUGAUAGUGAAGGUCCUUAUGAUUUUGGAGGGGUACUUACUAAUAGUAACCGGGAUAUUAUAAAUGGAGAUGCCAUCCACAAACGAAAUCAAUCCCACAAGGAAAUGCACUGCCUUCACCCUGGAGAUCUCUAUCCUUUCACAAGGAAGCCCCUGUUCAUCAUUGUGGAUUCAUCCAAUAGUGUUGCAUAUAAGAAUUUCACAAACUUAUUUGGACAGCCACUAGUCUGCUUGCUUUCUCCUACAGCAUAUCCAAAAGCUUUACAAGAUCAAUCUCAACGAGGUAGCCUCUUCACUCUCUUUUUGAACAAUCCUCUAAUGGCCUUCCUAUUUGUCUCUGGAUUGUCAAGCAUGCGUAGAGGCCUGUGGGAAAAGUGUCAAGAAUAUCUUCGAAAAAUCAACCGCGACAUUGCCCAGCUACUGACCCAUUCACGUUCAAUAGAUCAGGCAUUUCUCCAGUUUUUUGGAGAUGAAUUUCUCCGCUUGCUUCUCACAAGAUUUAUCUUUUGUUCGGCCACCAUGAGGAUGCACAAGAUUUUUCGGGAAACACGAAAUUAUCCAGAAUCAUAUCCACAACUGCCAAGGGAUGAAACAGUGGAGAACCCUCAUCUCCAGAAGCACAUUUUGGAAUUAGCAUCCAUUCUGGAUGUUCGAAACGUGUUCCUUGAGAAUACCAUAGAUGACUAUUAAAACAAAAAUCCUCUUGUCAAAACAAUUUUUCAUUUGCCACAGAUUUUAAAUGGUGCAGUUUUUUAAUGUGAUGACAGACACAUAGUGGUGUUAGUUUUUAUUUUUUAAUUUAGGACCACCAUUUUAAAAAUAAACUGAAAAAAUUGUUCAAACUUUUAGGGUAACUGUUUUAAAAUACAAUCUUUCAGGUCUUUUAAAAAACUCGAUUAAUCUUGGAAUUUUUAUUUUUUGGUUUUGAGGUAUGGAUGCUUACCUCCAACAUCUAAUCCUACACUCCAGUAGUCACUAUUCUCACCCUGGGAAGAGUAAAUCAUUUAUUUUUGUAUAAUGUGGAAAAUCCAGCUCUUAUACUUGGACCUUAAAUGUGUGGAUUUGGAAAAUAUGUAAUUGUUCACAAAGGUGAAACUAGCCAGCAUGGACUACCAAAAAUCAAGAACCGAGUCCUUCCAUAAUAUUUCUUUUCAUUCCAAGUUAGUAGGUAUAAACGUGUAAUUCUUUGAAGCAUAAUCAAGACAGUUCUUGAAAUCAUUUAAUUCGUUCAAAUACUGUCAAAAUUUUAGAAACUGUAUAGAAUUGAUUUGCAUCUGAAAGCUAAAUCUUUAAUUGGGGUCUUGAGAUGAUAAAUACCAUUUGGAAUGUGUGUGUCCUGUGUUAUCAGGAGAUAUGUUUGCAUACUUUAUUUUCUUUGUAGUCUUUGAAUGUUGGAAAUGAAAAAGAACAACAACUUUUAAAUAUUUCAGUCAAAAAAUCAGAUUGUCAGUUUCAUAACACAGUGUUUCCAGUAGGAAUUCUGUUUAAACUCUUAAAUCAUGAGAUCAAGUUUAAAGACUAUCUAGAUUGAAGUCUGUGGCAUACUGUACAGAGGCUGUAAUCUUUUUGCCUAGUUCAAAUUUAUGAGAGUUCAAAGUCAGAGAUGUUAUUAAUUUUAGUUGGAGGUAACUGAAUUGUUAUUUAACCUAAAGUGGAAGUGGCUUUUGCAUUGACAGUUUGGAAAUAUGAUUUUUUUAAACUCCUUGUAUUUAAUAUUUUAUAUUCAUGCACAAGUUUUUUAUUAUUUUAAAUAGGACUCAGUGUAUAAUGUAAAGUUUUUUGUGUUUCUCUUCCCUGUCUUCCCUUCAUAAUUUCACAGGCACUAGCUAUGAUGUUUUUUCCCCCUCUUUGAACUCCACAGCAUUCAAGUUCAGAAAUCUAUGAAUCAGAAGCCCUUCUACCUAAUUUUCUGUUCAGGCUCACAUUCUACCUCUGGCAGUCCCAGGGGAAAUGAGAUGAUUGCUUUUGGUGCCUCGUUCCCAUGUCCCUAGGGAAAUUUUACUGUACAAUUUUUAACUUGGUUUUUAUUUCUGGCAUAGAGAAUUAUUUGGAUCUAAGUUAUUCAUCUACCUGUUCCAAUUUGCUUAUUUUUCAUCUGAAGUCUUGAAGUUAUUAUUCUUGGGUUUUGGGGACUUUGUGGUGUUUUUUUAAUGUUUUAAAUUAUUUUUGUUUCUUCUUUUAAACAUUAUUUCAGAAAGCUUUGGAAAAGUUACCCUGGAGAGAGAUUUCCUUUGCUAGUGGGUUGCUUGUCAUUAUCAGAUAAAGACUGCUUUCCUUUUUUUUCAGUACCUUAAUAAACUUGGUAACUUUCCUUUCAUAGCAGUAUUCACCUGGACUAAGCAAUAGACUAUCCUUAGUUGUCUGACUUUUGUUUCAAUUCCCCUGAAGUUCUGUGCCAGUAGUGUUCCUAACAACACAUGUUUUCCUGUUCUCUGAUGCUUAAAAUAAUAUUUCUCAUCCUGAGCUUUAUCCUCACCUAUUUAGCGUAAAGAACACUGGUCUGAGAACUAGGAGACCUGAGUUCUAAUCCUGGCUUUCCUGGCAACUAGUGUCUUCAUGUCUCUGCUUUUUAGCACUCUCAUCUGUGAGAUGAAGGCAUUGGCCCAAAGUCCUAUCCAAUUCUAUGGUUCUAUAAUUUGAACUCUUGGUUCCAGAAGAUACUGAUUUCCCCACCCUUACCACCUGGAAAACUAGUUUCCCUGAUUUAAGUGUUUACAACACUUUGUUUCCAGAUCAUAUGUACCUAGUUUUUGGUCAAGAAAAUAUCUGGGUCCCAACUAGUUGUUGUAGAAACUAGUUGAGAGAGAGAAUCUCCUGCAGAAAUUAGAGCUUUUGUGAUUAGAAACAUGUUUGUUUAAGAACAAGGGGUCUUAGAAAACCAAUUAGUGUUUAGGUGAUGACAUUGCUCCUUAAGCUAAUAGUAGUGUAAUUCCUUACUGGUAGUUGAAGAUCUAAAGUGAACUGAAGUGAUCUUGAGAGGAAAACUGUGCUAGAAAAUUCUAAACUGUUGUUUCAUUCAUGCCUUCGAAAAACGUGUAUUGAACAACAACUAUGCUCCAGAUUUUGUUCUGGGCAUUGAGGAAGCAAACAAAGUAACUUAAAGAUCUUUGUGUUCAUGAAGCUUACACUCGAGUAGGAGGAGUGAGGCAGUAAACGUAAAAAAUAAGUACAUUUAUGUUAGAAAGUUGUAAGGAGUAUGAAGAAAAUUUAGAGCAUGGUAAGGGAAAUUUUUUGUUUGUUUUUGGGCAAAGAACAAUGGUGAAAUGAGUGAUCAGGGUAGGCAUUAUUGAGAAGAUUACAUUUGUGCAAACACUUCAUGUUUCUUUGUCUUUUCUUUCUUUUUUUUUUACUUUUUAUUGUGAAAGUUUUAAACGUACACAGGGUUUAAUGAACCCUCUUGUACCCAUUACCCAGCUUCUACACUUGAAGGCAUUACUUUAGUCAAGGAGAAAGGAACAUAAAAGGACACUCACCCAGUGGGCUCAAGAUGGCAAUGGCAGAGUGUCUCAUUUUUUCAGUGCAUACCGCUCCCCUUUAUAAAUAUAAAAAUGUUAAGCCCUUUAAAUAGAAUUUAUAGAAAUUUAAAUGUUGGAACUAAGAACAAAGCAAAGCAAUGGGAAAGAGCACUUCUUUGUUUUCAAAUUGCACAAACUCCCCCUGGAGAUUCUGAUACAGUCUCUCACCUCCUGUAAGAAUUCACUGUAAAUGAAAUAGAAAGUGUAAGAUUGCAAGAAGUCAGUUAUACAGAAAACAAAAUUAAGCACAAUGGAAUUCUUUUCUCUUUCUUUAUCCGUGUAUUUCUGAAGUUAGUAAAGCAACUAUCUUCCCUAUUUUACAGAAGAGAAAACUGAAACCCCAAAAAACUGUCAGAUUAUUUGCAGUGAUAGAGCUAGAACUAAAACUCAAAUCUCCUAACCUCAGCCCAGUCUUCCUAGCAGCUCAGGUUGCUUUCUGUAAUGAACAAGAAAGAAAUAGAGACUUAUAUUUUGGCACAAAGGUUAUGAUAUUUUUUUAAUAUAGCAAAUAUUGAAACCAGUAAGUCAGCGCUAGCAAAUUUUGAUUUAUUAAUUAUGAAAAAUCCAGAAGUCAGACAUUUUAUCUUUGGUUUUAGCCAGGAUAUAUUCUUUGUGUGUGUGUGUGUUUUCCUCCUAGGAAGUGGUGCUCUCAAAACCUCUCAAAGCACAUGGAAUUUAUUGUACCCUUUCUAUUUUUACCAAGUUGAAAUAUUUUGAGAUUAUAAAAGCCAAAUGCAAUGUAGUCAGGACUGAAAUUUUCGUGAUAUAGAAUCUGGGUUUUAUUUUUUCCUCACUUGUGGCUACGGCCCUUUAUUUUCUUCUUGCAGUAGAAUUCCCUGAAACACAUUAGGUGAUGAUUGAACUGAAUUUCGUUGAGGUAAAGGGAAAAGCAACAAGUCUGAUUUAUAUAUCCAUUAUGGAGCUUUCUUUAGCAUUCUUCUCCAAGUUUAAUCUCUGACCUGUAUGACUUAGUAACUUUCUGUCUCUUAGAAGGGGUUUGGACUCAGUUGAAAAAUCUUAUGCUUAGUUAUCCACAGAGACUUGUAAUCAGCCUGAUAUACAGAGAACAUUCUGGACUGGAAAUAGAGUAAGGUACCAAGGUCUGCAAACUUGGCUACUGCCAGUGAUUCAGAACCCACCUCCCCACCCUAAGUGAGUAAAAAGAUUUGAUAUGAAUAUGAAUGGUAUGAAUCUCCUGGUGAUAUUUUGGGUGUAUAUGUUCCUGUAUGUUUGUUUGGAGAGUAUAAAGGGUAUUUACGUUGAGGGCUCUUUUGUUGACCUUAUUUAUUUGAAAUCCUUAUUUUAUUUGUAAUGGCAUGUGUAUAUUUUUGUGAUGCUCAAUGCAGUCUCUGUGUAUACUUUUUGUAUAUAUGUACAUAUUUGUAAAUAUAUUGGUAUGCAAUGAUACAGUAUGUGUAUAUUAUAUACCACACCCAUUGUGGGCUGAAUUUAUUUAAGUUCUGUGAGGACAUCAUAGUGGCAUUGUUCAUGCUGCUGUUAAUUAGGCUGUGGCUGUAUCUCCUUCAUGAGCCUCUAUUUUGAGGGGCUUGUGUUUGGGUAAAAUGGGCUAAUUUGGAGUUGAAAUUAGGAUAUGAAGAGCUUAACAGAAAGCUGGAUAUUCUUAGCUUUAAAAUCAUCUGCCAAUUUUCAUUUAAACUGAUGAUAAAUUAGUGAUAUAAACCUGAAAAACCUAAGUAUGUGAAACUGAGACACCAGCAGGUUCUUAAGCUAUAUUAGUCCUUUAUUUUCUUGACCCCUUGUUGAGUAUUAUUACUGAGUAGUAAAGUAUUUAUAUUGAGAAUCAAGGGGCUGUGGAAAAAAUUACUUUGAUCACAUUUCGCAAUAGCUAUGAAAAUGUCCUUUAAAUAGGUAAAUAUGUUCCUAGUUGCCAUUUCAAUACCUGAUACUAAAUUUUAAUUUUGGAACAAUUUUUUCUUUUUUACUGAUGUGUCUCAUUUUAUGUCUGUCUCUGUGAGGCAGAAAAAGGGGCAUUAGUUAGGGGAAGCCUUUACCUAGGUGGGGUGGAAUUUAACGUGGAACAGGAGGUUGUUAAUCUGUAUAUUUGCAGCAGCUGUGAUUAAUGUAGUCCUGUCAUGGCAUUUGCGACUAGAGAUUUUUCUUAUUGGUGUUGCAUAUCAAAGAUGAGUAUGCUCAUGUGAGAAUAUGCUUCCAGUGAAUAAAAUGCCUCCAGUUGUAUUUCUUUGUCUCUAUGAGACCACUUGUGUUCUGCAAAUUGAUGAUAUAUUCACACAUGAAGUAGGACUCUUAAUAUUAGGUGCAUGGCGUGCUAUAAAAUCUGGGCCUUCAAACUUCUACCAAGGAUGACGGGUGGGGGAGGAUAAGAGGAUAGUAAAUAGGUGCAGUGCCAAUUUGUGACCCUAUGAAAUAUCACAGAGUAUCAAUGUUCAGUUACUCCUGUCUUUACUGGGCAUGUUUAUUUGCAUGGAAGAGUGUAGGAGGUGUUUAAUACACAUUUGAAUACGUUCACCACAGAAAUUAAGUAGACGUUAUUUUUGCAUGAUAAAAUAUAACUGCAAAGCAACUCUUUACCCCAUUAUUCUUCAGAAGAGUAAAUAAUCUAUCUGGUCCAACAUUAAAUUAUCUUAAAGAGAAGUUAGAGUCAGGAGUCAAUUUUACCACCCAAAAAAUGUUACAUUUGCCUCUUCAUUGUAUUUUUAAUAAAACAGCCAACUAUUCAGAACACUUCUCAAUUACAGUAUUAAGAUUAAAGUAAAGUUAUUAUAGCCUUUGUCUUAAAUAUUAAAAUUUGGUAACAUACUAUUUCUGAAAAAGUGUCUGAUGUUCUGUUGUUUUAGUAAACCACUUAUUGCAGUUGGGCGUAGCAGAGCAGAUGUUGUGCUAUUUAAAAUUCAUGGAACUGACGCAGGCUCAACGUGGACAUUGAUUUGAGGAAGGAGCAGCAAUAAAAAGUGUAGAUCAGGGCCGGCCCCGUGGCUUAGCGGUUAAGUGCAUGCGCUCCGCUGCUGGCGGCCCGGGUUCGGAUCCCAGGCACGCACCGAUUCACCGCUUGUCCGGCCAUGCUGAGGCCGCGUCCCACAUACAGCAACUAGAAGGAUGUGCAGCUGUGACAUAAAACUAUCUACUGGGGCUUUGGGGGGAAAAAAUUAAAAAAAAUAAAAUUAAAAAAGAAAGUGUAGAUGAGACUGACAUUGUGAAUAUGACCUCUAACUCAAACAGUUGUAAAGCCAGUUACUUUGCAGUUAAAUAAGAUAGGAAUUGCUUAGAAAACCAAGUCCUUUCCUCCAUCCUCCUGUGCUCUUAGACAUUGAUACUUUAUACCUAUACCUAUUUGUGCUGUAUGUCCCAUUCUUUCCUGGAUACUGUGACCACUUUACCUAAAAAAAAAAGAAAAAUUUUUUUUUAGAGGCAGUUCAUCUUCCUCAAUCUAGAUUAGCAAAACAUAGUAUUACACUAUGUCCCAGCUUCGCUGAGUUUUUGAACACAGAGACUUAUUAAGCAUGCCUUGUGUUUAAGGAGUAAUAGUUGAUGUGUGAAUGGAAUCAAUCACCUAUUGAAGGGAGAGGUGUCAGGAUGAUGUAGGGGGACAUGUCCUUAAUUGGGUAAAGAUAAGUGUAUUAAGUGUAAUUAAUUUGUUGGUGCCACAGAAAUAUUUCCUUUGGAAUUCUGUAGAUAUGAAAUGUUUUCUUAAGCUAAAAUUGGUAUUUUUCACUUGUUUGGUGUAAUAUUGACUUUUGAGAAGAAUUCCAUUUCUGCAUAACAUUGUUACUUCAUCACUGAUGAAGCACCAUUUCUUAAUUUUAAAAUAUUUUUGUUAAUUUCUUCUGUGGUUUUUUUAAAGUUAUAUUUUGAAUUAGUUAUCAAACUACUCUAAGCAGUGUGAUUUUUUUAAAACAUAUUUGAACAGUAGAUUCAGAGUUUUUAAUAGUUUGAAGUAAAUUAUAUUAAUUCUGCACUCCAGAUUCACUUAAUCAUAAAGCCUGAAUUUGGUCAUAGAACAGACUAUAAAUUGGGAGUAUUUUCCUAUUUUGGUGGACGAUUCCAGGCUAUAUCCUAAGACAAUCAUCUUUUUAGGUAUAGUAUUGUUUAUUGAGACAUUGGUAAUUUCAGGGUUCAGAUUUUUGCUUUUCUGAUAGGCUUAUGGAAAAGAAAGUUAAUAGACUGAGUAUAUCACUUUCAGAAUGAGAUAAGGAAUUAUAGCUAGCCUUUCUAGGUCUGCAGUAAACAAUAUUUAAAAUUUUAUGUUCUAUCACUAAUAUUCUUUUCUCUUUUGAAGCUGUUGUGAAUGUCCACUUGUCUAUGAUUGAAAAUUAAGAUUUGUAAACAUUACAGUUUGACCCAUAAGUUUUCUCAAACAUCAAAUCUGUACAAUCAAGCAUUGUAAAAUGUGAAAUGAUCAUAUAUGAUAAUCUCCAAAUAAAUACUUCCAAACCAUAGAGAAAUAACCACUGUAUUUUUAAAAAUCUUAUUCCUACCCUUCUUUGCAUGUUACUGAUUUUUUUCUAAGUUAUAAACAUAUGUUGUGAUGUAUUAAAAAUCUGCAGGAAAAAUUGCUUAAAAUAUUUUAGGGCAAUAAGAAUUGUUAUUACUAUUUCCUGAAGAAUGAGUUUUGUGGGUUUUUUUUUUAAACUCAUUUCUUUAUCUUAUUAAAAAGAACUUUUAAUGAUUUGGUAAAAUGUUUUAGGACUUUUAUAGUUAUCUGGAUACAUUCCUUUUGCCACAUAGACCAUACGGCUGGUUCUCCUACUGUUUUUUAUUUUUUUGUUUUUAAUAAACUUUGCUGUUCAACAAUCAGAGAGUCUUAUAUUUUGGACGCUUCUUCCAGUUGAGGUAGAAAGGUCUUAGAUAAUCGGAAAGGCAGAUACAAUGUCCUUACGUUUUCAUAGUAGAGUUUACAAGUGGAGGAAUUUAUCCAAAUAGGUUAUCUUCAUUGUAUAGCACCAGUACAAAUAGUGGUUUCAUUAAUCAUUGAAUCAGAUAAAGAAGUUAUAAAUCAUUUCUUACUUUGCUCUAAAGAUUAUUGUCAUUUCAGGCCACAUUAUUUUCUCUGAGCAGUUUCCAUUGUAAGAUUGAAUAUCCUUUUUCUUUAUUCACAUCAUCACUAAAGGUUAAGAUAAUCAAAUAGGAUUUAAAAUGUGUUUGACCUUUUUUCCCUGAAAAUAAUGGUGAACCUAUUGUCUUAUUUAUGGAUAUUAGGCAGAAAUGCACUUGUUUCAAUCAUAGCAGAAAUUACAUUUGGAGAAUAUAAUUACUUGAUUUUCUAGUGGUGUGAAAUACUUUUAAAAAAUUGUGCUUGUCUGUAACUGAAAUGUUAUAGAAUUGUAACACUAUAGGGGUUAUAGAGUUAUAUUUAUUAGCUCUCCUCAAGAGAUUGAAGCACAAUAAUUUUCAUGUAACAGUUCUUAUCCAAGUGCUGCUAAUCUGUCGCGCAAAUAAUGAAGCUAAUCGGUUGCCUAUCUAGCUGUUCACAAAUCACUGUAAUCCUUGAGACAUAGUCUUGUUGCUCAUUUGUAUUAAAUUUUGAGUAUUGUGGGUUAAUACUUUAGAACAAGAUCCAUUAACUCAGCUCUGUGAGACGGCAAACCAUUUGGAUUCAUUAGUUUUAUAUGUGUUAUCAGUAGAAUAAAUUUUGAAGGGGCUAUUUACUACCAAUGACUAAGGGGAAGACUUACAUUGUCAACAUCAUUUGACUUGAACAUUUGUGGUAUUGUAAAAGUCUUGUCUGUUGUGUUUCUAAAUUGCUUAAGCCAUACAUACUCUUAAGGGUGUUUUCUUGUUUUGUUCCUUUUCAGCAGCCUUUUUCUGCUUUGUCUGUUAUGGUUAAUAUCUCAUAGAUUUUAGAAAUUGAGAAGUUAUUGAAACAUCUUAUUUUCUUGAGUUCAUCACUUUUGACUCUUGUGUGGUAUGUCAUAAAGGAUAGUAAGCCUUUUCACUAACUACUUCACUAAAAAUUUCAGAGUAAACACUGUGAUUCUGAGAGAGGAUUCACUAGGCUCUUGUCUUUCCAAUGUUUUCUUCUGUUAUGUGGUGCCUACCACCUUGGGGGCACUUAAAUAAUAGAUGAUGGAAAGGUAAACAUUGUUUUGAUGUUUAUUGAAUAAUGAGAUUACAGAAUAUUUGAUUUUUGUUCAGUGUAUUGAAGACAUUUUUGCAUUGAUAAAUGUUCUCUAGGAAUGUGACUACAUUCAUCAGGUGUGAACUCUUGUAAAUGAAUUUUGUAUCUUGAAUCUACGUAUAUAUUAAGUGUAUCAUCAAUAUAAAAAUAAACAUUAUUUGCUUAAA